AUGCGGCGAAGGACUUCUGUUGUCCAGGCGCUAGCCCGCUCCUACUCGCGCGCCUCUGGAGCUGCUGGCGACAAUCCUUUCCUCGCUGGCCCCGAUUCGCCUCUGAAUCCUGCAUCAGAAAACUUUAGCGGAAAGGAAUGGGCCAAGGCCAUCGUUGAGCUCGUCUCCCAGGAUGGCGGUUCAUUCCGCUCUGCCGGUGUCUGCUUCCAGAAUCUCAAUGUUCACGGAUUCGGCGAGUCUACCGAUUACCAGAAGGAUGUCGGCAACGUUUGGUUGUCGCUUGCAGGCUACAUCGGAAGCUUCGUUUCCUCCAACAAGCAGCGCAUUGACAUUCUGCGCCAGUUCGACGGCAUCGUUCGCAAGGGAGAGAUGUUGAUUGUCCUUGGACCCCCAGGUUCAGGUUGUUCGACUUUCCUCAAGACGAUUGCUGGCGAGAUGAACGGUAUCUUCGUCGAUGACGAUGCCUACUUCAACUACCAAGGAAUUUCGGCCAAAGAGAUGCACAGCCACCACCGUGGUGAGGCCAUCUACACCGCCGAGGUGGAUGUCCACUUUCCUCAACUGAGUGUUGGUGACACCCUCACUUUUGCGGCCCGAGCCAGACAGCCCCGAAAGCUUCCCCAGGGCCUCAGCAGGAAUGCCUUCGCCGCCCAUCUGCGAGACGUCGUCAUGGCCAUGUUUGGCAUUUCUCACACCGUCAACACUCGAGUUGGUAACGAGUACAUCCGAGGAGUUUCAGGUGGUGAGCGUAAGCGUGUUACCAUCUCCGAGGCUGCCUUGUCGGGUGCCCCCCUGCAAUGCUGGGAUAACUCGACCCGUGGUCUCGAUUCUGCCAACGCUAUUGAGUUCUGCAAGACCCUCCGAAUGCAAACCGAGCUGUUUAACAGCACUGCCUGCGUUUCCAUCUACCAGUCUCCCCAGACCGCUUACGACCUGUUUGACAAGGCUGUUGUCCUUUACGAAGGUCGCCAGAUCUUCUUUGGCCGAGCUGAUGAGGCUAGGCAAUACUUCAUUGACCUCGGCUUCGAGUGCCCUGCCCGCCAGACCACCCCCGAUUUCCUCACCUCAAUGACUUCUUCUAUCGAGCGUAUUUACCGCCCCGGUUUCGAGGGCAAGGCUCCUCGAACCCCUGACGAGUUUGCCGCUGCUUGGAAAAACAGUGCCCACUACAAGGCUCUUCAGGCCGAGAUUGAGGAAUACAAGCAAGCCCACCCAAUCAAUGGUCCUGAUGCCGAUGCCUUCCGUGCCUCGCGUCAAGCCCAGCAGGCCAAAGGCCAGCGUGCCAAGUCCCCCUUCACCCUGUCCUAUGUCCAGCAGAUUCAGCUUUGUCUCUGGCGUGGUUGGAAGCGCCUGACGGGAGACCCAAGUCUUACCCUUGGCUCUCUUAUUGGAAACUUUAUCAUGGCUCUCAUCAUUGGUAGUGUCUUUUAUAACCUCAAGUCGGACGCCUCCAGCUUCUUCCAGCGUGGAUCUCUACUCUUCUUUGCUUGUCUGAUGAACGCCUUUGCUAGUGCCCUCGAGAUUCUGACCCUGUACGCGCAACGACCCAUUGUUGAAAAGCACGCUCGCUAUGCCUUGUAUCAUCCUUCGGCGGAAGCCAUUUCGUCCAUGAUCUGUGACUUGCCCUACAAGGUUGUCAACGCAAUUGUAUUCAACCUGACGCUCUACUUCAUGACAAAUUUGCGAAGAGAAGUUGGUCCUUUCUUCUUCUUCCUGCUCAUCUCUUUCUCCAACGUUAUGGUCAUGUCGAUGAUCUUCCGAACGAUUGGCUCUGCCACCCGAACUUUGUUCCAGGCUCUGGUCCCCGCUGCUAUCUUGAUUCUUUCCUUGGUCAUCUUCACCGGAUUUGUCUUGCCGACUCGGUACAUGCUCGGUUGGUGUCGCUGGAUUGGUUACAUUGACCCUCUGGGCUAUGCCUUUGAGGCGCUCAUGGUCAACGAGUUCCACAACCGAGAGUUUGAGUGUGUCGACUUCAUUCCUUCCAAGCUCAUUUCCCAGUACGCCAACGUGAGCUCCGAAAACCAGGUCUGCAGCUCUGUUGGCUCAGUUCCUGGCCAGCCUUUCGUCAGUGGUGAUACCUAUGUCAAGUCUGCUUUUGGUUACGAGUGGCAUAAUCGAUGGAGAGACUUUGGCAUUGUCAUUGCCUUCACCAUCUUCUUCCUGGGUGUCUACAUGGUUUGCGCUGAGUUUGUCUCCGAGAAGAAAUCCAAGGGAGAAGUCUUGAUGUAUCAACGUGGCCACAAGCUCGCAGCCGCUGCCCAUGCCGAGAAGAAGCCUCACGAUCCCGAAGCCGCAAUGACCAACAUCGGCCCCAUUCUGACGACUGAGCGUACAAAGGAAGGUGUUCUCCAACGCCAAACCUCGGUCUUCCAGUGGCAUGAUGUCUGUUACGAGGUCAAGAUCAAGAACGAGACGCGCCGUAUUCUGGAUCACGUUGAUGGUUGGGUUAAGCCCGGUACUCUGACCGCCUUGAUGGGUGUCUCUGGUGCCGGAAAGACGACUCUUUUGGAUUGCUUGGCUGAUCGUACAUCAAUGGGUGUGAUUACUGGCGAAAUGCUUGUCGAUGGAAGACCCCGUGACGCCUCCUUCCAACGCAAGACUGGUUAUGUUCAGCAGCAAGACUUGCAUUUGCAAACUACCACUGUUCGAGAAGCCCUCAACUUCAGUGCCCUUCUCCGUCAACCGGCUCAUAUCCCCAAGGAGGAAAAGCUCGCCUAUGUCAACGAGGUUAUUAAGCUCCUGGAUAUGCAAGAGUAUGCUGAUGCUGUCGUUGGUGUUCCCGGUGAAGGUCUCAAUGUCGAGCAGCGCAAGCGUCUUACCAUUGGCGUCGAGCUGGCCGCUAAGCCUCCCCUGUUGCUCUUUGUUGACGAACCCACUUCUGGUCUUGACUCUCAAACCUCAUGGGCUAUUCUGGAUCUUCUUGAGAAGCUGACCAAGGCCGGCCAAGCUGUCCUUUGCACUAUCCAUCAACCCUCUGCUAUGCUUUUCCAGCGAUUCGACCGCCUGCUCUUCCUGGCCAAGGGUGGCAAGACUGUUUACUUUGGUGACAUUGGCGAGAACUCAAAGACACUGACCAACUACUUUGAGAGGAACGGAGGACACCCCUGCCCUCCCGAAGCCAACCCUGCCGAAUGGAUGCUUGAAGUGAUUGGCGCUGCUCCCGGAUCUCACACUGACGUCAACUGGUUCGAGACUUGGCGCGAUAGCCCCGAGUACCAGGCCGUCCAGAACGAACUGGAAAACAUCAAGGCUGAGAGAUCACAAGUCGAGAGCAAUGUCGCGGAUGAUCCCACAAGCUACAACGAGUUUGCCGCACCCUUCAUGACCCAGCUGAAGGUGAACCUCCACCGUGUUUUCCAACAGUACUGGCGAUCGCCGAUCUACAUCUACUCCAAGACUGUCCUCUGCACCCUGGUUGCCCUUUUCAUCGGUUUCAUCUUCUACAAGGCGCCCAACUCUCAACAGGGUCUCCAGAACCAGAUGUUUUCCAUCUUCCAGCUCUUCACUGUUUUCGGUCAGCUUGUUCAGCAGUCCAUGCCUCAGUUCGUCAUCCAGCGAUCUCUGUAUGAAGUGCGUGAGCGGCCAUCCAAGGUCUACUCGUGGAAAAUCUUCAUGCUUUCUCAGAUCAUUGUCGAACUGCCUUGGAAUAGUUUGAUGGCGGUGAUUAUGUACUUUUGCUGGUACUACCCCGUUGGUCUCUAUCGCAACGCCGAGCCGACUGAUGCGGUCACUGAGCGCGGUGGUCUCAUGUUCCUCUACAUCCUCACCUUCCUCUUGUUCAGCGGUACCUUUUCCACCUUCAUCAUUGCCGGCUUCGAAACCGCUGAGGCUGGUGGUAACAUUGCCAACUUGUUGUUCACUCUCUGCUUGAUCUUCUGUGGUGUCCUCGCUACGUCCGACUCUCUCCCACGCUUCUGGAUUUUCAUGUACCGAGUUUCGCCGUUUAGUUACUUAGUCAACGGCAUGUUAUCGGUCGGUGUCGCGAAUACAAAUGUCAUCUGUGCCGACAACGAGUUUGUCAGAAUCCAGCCUCCUGCGAAUCAGACUUGCAUCCAGUAUCUCAAGACGUUUGUCGACGCCACCAAGGGUAACCUCACAAACCCUGACGCGACCGAUGAGUGCAUCUACUGCAGCAUGUCCGAGACCAACACCUACUUGGUUGCUGUCGGUAGCCACUACUCCGAGCGGUGGAGGAACUUUGGCCUGAUGUGGGUCUACAUUAUCUUCAACAUCGCCGCUGCGCUGUUCGUCUACUGGCUUGCCCGUGUGCCCAAGAAGCAGCUCAAGAAGGCCAAGAAGGAGUAA